CAGCUCCACAUCAGUGACUGGGCUGGUUACAGUGUGUCACGUGAUUUGACAGAAAAAGCAGCGAUGGAGAAAAGCUAAGGAAGGUAUCUGCCCUGGUAGUGGCUUCCUUUUUACCCAGAGUGCUUGUGGAAUGGCAGCAGUUUGGCAGCAGGUGUUGGCAGUGGACGCAAGGUACAAUGCUUACCGCACGCCUACCUUCCCACAGUUCCGAACUCAGUACAUCCGCCGACGCAGCCAGCUGCUCAGAGAGAACGCCAAGUGUGGCUUUGAGCCAGGGCUGCGCAGGCAGUACCUGAAGCUGCGCAGUCAGCUGCUGGCCCUGCGCUACGGGCCCCUGUCUGAGCAGAGCAGCUUCAGGGCCAGCAGUGUGCGCAGCUCCCGCACCACACUGGACCGAAUGGAGGACUUUGAGGAGGACCCCCGUGCCCAAGGGGCUCGUGGUCAUCGCCGGUCUGUCAGUAGAGGCUCGUACCAGCUACAGGCCCAGAUGAACAGAGCCGUCUACGAUGAGAGGCCUCCGGGCAGUUUGGUGCCCACCUCAGUGGCAGAGGCCAGUCGUGCCAUGGCAGGAGACACAACAUUGAGUGAAAAUUAUGCUUUUGCUGGCAUGCACCACAUAUUUGAUCAACAUGUCGACUCUGCUGUUCCACGUUUGCAGUUUGCCAAUGAUGACAAGCACCUCCUUGCUUGCUGCUCACUGGAUGGCACUCUGUCCAUUAUGACACUCUCACCACCUCCUCCCAGUGUGAAGGUGACCCUAAAAGGUCAUGGAGGUCCAGUUACAGACUUUGCCUGGUCUCUGAGCAAUGACAUCAUUGUGUCGACAUCGCUGGACGGGACACUCCGUAUUUGGAAUACAGAGGAUGGCCGGUGCAUCCGAGAGGUCAGAGACCCAGAAUCCAGCGAGUUGCUCUGCUGCACCUUCCAACCCAUGAAUAAUAACCUUACUGUGGUGGGAAACAGCAAGCACCACCUGCAGGUGGUGAACAUCUCCACUGGGAAGAAGGUGAAGGGGGGCUCCAGUAAGCUGACAGGCCGCGUGCUGUCUCUCUCCUUUGAUGCUCCAGGGAAGAUCCUUUGGGCCGGUGAUGACAGGGGGAGCAUCUUCUCUUUCCUCUUUGACAUGGCCACAGGGAAGCUUACUAAAGCCAAGCGUCUGGUGGUGAGUGAAGGCAGCUCUAUCUGCAGCAUAUCCGCUCGUUCCUGGAUUAGCCGAGAGGCCAGAGACCCCUCGCUGCUGGUUAACGCCUGUGUCAAUAAGCUUCUGCUGUACAGUUAUGACACUGGCAGGGUGGUAGACAACGAGGGAACACUACAGCUGAAGAGAAGCUUCCCCAUCCAGCAUGGAUCCCAGCUCGUUCAUAGCAUCUUCUGCCCCCUCAUGUCUUUCAGACAGGGGGCCUGUGUGGUGACUGGCAGCGAGGAUGGCUGCGUCUACUUCUUCGAUGUCGAGCGCAACACCAAGGCGAUAGUAAACAAGCUGCAGGGUCAUGGGGGUCCAGUGUUGGAUGUCAGCUUCAACUGCGACGAGAGUUUACUUGCAUCUGCUGAUUCCACCGGCAUGGUCAUCAUCUGGAGGCGUGAGCAAAAGUGACUGAUCCACUAAUGAAAAAAACCAUGUUAAAAAUUAAAAAAAAGCUUCCAUCCACUGCAUAUAAAAAGCCUGCUGCUCCUUAACCGUCCAAUAACAAGUCUUUAGAUUUUCACUGGAAUGUAACAGGCUGCGUCAAAUGUUUAAUGUAAUGAUACUCAAGUGCAAUCAGAACGCCAUGCUGUGUAGGUAGGGAUGUCUUAGAAAUUCAUGGUGUGGGAGGUGGGCUGUGUGUGUCAGUGCUCCUACAGCUGCAGCUGAGAAAUGGCUUUUUCUUUUUUUUUCUUUGGUUUGUAAAGAAUGAACGAGCACUAAUACCAUGCAUGUGUCAUGGCUGACCUCAAGUUGGGUGGAUACGACCUACUUCAUGUGAAGAGAACACAUAAUUUUCCAAAAAAAACAAAACAAAAAACACUUUAUAUCACACUGACAGUCCCUCUGGCAUAGAUCUAGUUCACUAUUUAUGUAACUGUUAUUCAAUCAGUGUAAUCAAGUGUAGUAAAAUGGCCUUAUUUGCUUUCAGUUGCUGUUUUGCAUUUGAGACCAUGUGCAUGAAACUGAAAUCCGGAUCAGGCAUAUCAAAUCAUGACAAAAAAGAUUAAAGGGUGUUUUUAAGUAUGUGUUUGUACUUAACCUGUAUGUGUGUGCGUGUAUACUCGGGUCAAGCUGGUUGCUGAUUCAUUUAAUUUAUUUCACAAAUCCACAAUAAACUAUUGUAAAUGUCA